AUGGGGGGCAAGAGCGCAACCAAGGCCGGCUACUUCGACAAGCUCAAGGGCCUUCUCGAGGAGUACAAGUCCAUCUUCAUCGUCACCGUCGACAAUGUCUCGUCCCAGCAGAUGCACGAGAUCCGUCAGUCCCUGCGCGACUCCGGUGUCGUCCUCAUGGGCAAGAACACCAUGGUAUGCUGCCGAUUGCGUUGAGCGAACGCGAUCGUUCAUUGACCGUGGAAUUACAGGUCCGCCGUGCCCUCAAGACCUUCAUGAACGACUUCCCCGAGUACGAGCGCCUCCUCCCACACGUCAAGGGCAACGUCGGCUUCGUCUUCACCAACGCCGACCUCAAGGAGACCCGUGAGAAGAUCUUGAGCAACCGUGUCGCCGCCCCAGCUCGUGCCGGUGCCGUCGCCCCUGCCGAUGUGUUCGUCCCGGCUGGUAACACUGGUAUGGAGCCUGGCAAGACCUCUUUCUUCCAGGCCCUCGGUGUCCCAACCAAGAUCGCCCGUGGUACCAUCGAAAUUACCACCGAUCUCAAGCUCAUCGAGGCCGGCAACAAGGUCGGUGCCUCCGAGGCCACGCUUCUGAACUUGUUGAACAUCUCUCCUUUCACGUACGGUAUGGGUAUUUCCCAGAUCUACGACCAGGGACAGACCUUCGACUCCAGCGUGCUCGACAUUGAGGAGUCUCAGCUUCUCAAGGCCUUCAGCUCCGCCGUCGCCUCCAUCACCACCAUCUCCCUGGCGCUCAACUACCCCACCCUGCCAUCUGUCAUGCACAGCUUGGUCAACGGCUACAAGAACGUCAUCUCCGUCGCCAUCGAAACCGAGUUCGAGUGGGAGUCCAUCUCCGAGCUCAAGGACCGCAUCCGCAACCCAGACAAGUACGCCGCGGCUGCCCCUGCCGCCGGUUCUGGUGCAGCGGCUGCGGCCGAUGCGCCAGCUGCUGCGGAGGAGAAGCCAGCAGAGGAGGAAGAAGAGGAGGACGAGGACAUGGGCUUCGGUCUCUUCGACUAA